CAGGGGGGGGAGGGGAAUUCCCAUCGCCCCCCAGCCCACACCUUUCACGCAGCAGCACACCGCAGAGAAAGAGAAUGGACGUGAGGAAUUAGUGAUUCAAGUCGUACAACAGCAACAACAAACCCAGUAUACAGAUCCUCCGUCUCUCUCUCUCUCUGAGUUGAACCGCCCACUCGCUCACUUCACUCACCCAGUCCCAUCGCCAUCCCCCGCCUACCUCCCCCACUGCUCCUCCACAUUCUUUGUCGCAGUUUGCGAGCCGUCGCUCCGUCUGCCGUGCUCCUGCCACAGACGCUGGGCCCGUGGCGUCAAACAAAACACUCUGCUGCUGCUGCUCUGGUCGGGGCGAGGGUGGAUUGCAGGUGAUGGUGGACAACUGCGGCAGGAGGACGAGGUGGACGAGCUGGAGGAGUAACAACAACUUCUGCUGCUUUUGCUGUUGAGCGGUGGACGCGUGCGAGUGUUCCACUCUGCGCCUGCCUCUUCAGCCACAGCGAGUCGCCUGUGUGAGUGUGUGUGUGUGGGCGUGAGAAGACGCAACGCGAGAACGAGAUGGAGGGCAGGUGCCACCACAACGAGACGAUCACAUUCUUCUACAACAACAGCGGAAAGCCGCUGUACGACGAGUGGACCGUCAGCAGCACCGUGGUCAUGGUGCUCGGCUUCGCCUUGUGCCUCUUCAUCAUGCUGGCCAACGGCCUCGUCAUGUCCGCCGUGUACAUCAACAGGAAGUUCCACCACCCCAUCUACUAUCUCAUGGCCAACCUGGCCGCGGCGGAUUUCUUUGCGGGGGCGGCGUACGUCUACCUGAUGUUCAACACGGGGCCCAACACUCGCAAGCUGUCGCUGCAGACCUGGAUGCUGCGCCAGGGGCUCAUCGACACGAGCCUCACGGCCUCCGUCGCCAACCUCCUGGCCAUCGCCAUCGAGCGCCACGUCACGGUGUUCCGGAUGCAGCUGCACACGCGGAUGAGCGAGCGGCGCGUCGUGGUCGUCAUCGCGAUCAUCUGGCUCGCGUCCAUCAUCACCGGCGCCAUUCCCAGCAUGGGCUGGAACUGCAUCUGCAACAUCGGCACGUGCUCCACCAUGGCGCCCCUGUACAGCGCCAGCUACGUCAUCUUCUGGGCCGGCUCCAAUCUCUCCACGUUCCUGAUCAUGGUGGGGCUCUACGGCCACAUCUUCGUGCACGUGUGGAGGAACACGAUACCCGUGUCGCGGAACUCCUCCAGGUCCACCCAGAGGCGAGAGGCCACCAUGAGCUUGCUCAUAACCGUCACCAUCAUGCUGGGAGCCUUCAUCGUGUGCUGGACGCCGGGCCUGGUGAUUCUGCUGCUGGAUUCGUUCUGCUCGGACUGCAAUGUCUUGGCCUUCGAGAAGUACUUCUUGCUCAUAGCGGAGUUCAACUCCGCCAUGAACCCCAUCAUAUACUCGUUUCGGGACAAAGAGAUGGUCGCCACUUUCAAGCGCAUCCUGUGCUGCCGGAAGGCAAACGCCGUCGUCACCAACGGCUCCGACAACUUCGACAAAUCAACGUCCACGCCGAAUCACAACCUGGUCACGCCGAUCAGUCACGUGACCACCUCGAGUGCGAUGAAGAUAAAUCAGUUUGUCGUCUAAUAUCUAAUUGGGCUCACUUGGAAGCCUGUUGUUGUUUCAAAUAUAUAUUUUUUACACAAGUCAUGUUUAACUUCGUAUGUGUUUCUUGAAUACUACAGUGCUUUACUGGAGGAUGCAUUGUAUCUCGUUGGUUCUCUUCCUGUUAAAAUGACGGCUGCCCCCCCCCCCGCACACACGAACUAGGGUAUUGACUUGGCCACCCUCGUAAGCGUCCGUGUUAAAGUGGCUGUGUGUGUCCUUCAGGAACAUUGUAAAAUAAAUAUCUCGUAUUUUGAAAGCUUCGCUCAAUAUUCCUAUAUUUAUUUCACUUUAUUUUGGGGGCCAUUAAACGCUUGUUCAGAAUUUUGUAUCGAGCACAUUUUGCGUUUCGUUUUCUUUCGAGCAAGGGCAUAGUCUGUGCGAGCUUGGACACCAUCCACACAUUGUUUUCUCCGCGUGAAAAUGCUGCCUUCGUUUUGAGAGAAAAGUCGGUGCCGCCGCUGUAAAUGGGCCCGUUGUUUCGUGUAGAUUAUUAUUUUUGUAAUUAUUGUGACAGUUGCUUUUGGAAAGCUGGUGGUUUACUAUUAUUUUUUUUAUAUAAACAAGAUGCUGGACCAACAGGCAGGGUUGAUUGGAAACGACUGCUCGUUUUUGCGUGUUUUUUUUGUCUCACUUCACAUUGGCAGUAUUCACAAAGGCUCGGUGUAUUUUGCUAAGCGCGAGCAUUGUGUAACCUUCGCACGGCAAUAUUUAACUCUUUCGCACUGUACAAAUGUUGGAGAUGCGGGUUUCGUCUAAAAGAGAGUUACAGCACCGCUGUUUUCCCGUCGAUUAAUUAAAACUCACUUUGAUUCUUUUAUGACGGCCACAUUUACACAGUGCAGUGAUUGCGCUGCAAUGUGGGUGCAGUCGCGCCAGUCGUAUCUAUGUAUCCAAAGAGCACAGAUUCUACUGGCUGCGGAGGAAGGAAGGCCACAACCACAGUACAAUGUUAUCGAGAGCAAGUCGUAGUAGUAGGCCGCACUGUGAAUUGUUUGUGCUGUUGAGAGCUGGGCUGCUGUGCGCUGUGGUAUCGCAACAAUGUAAUAAGUGCACUGAUUACGAGACCCCGUGAUCGAAACUUUGUGGUUGGGAAAUAGCAAAGGAGGGAACGGCACUCCCACCGUUACCUUGAGGGCAGUUUUCGCUGUGUUGAAGUCUCAGCAAAUAUAUAUUUUGUAGUAUUAUUAUCAUUCUGGUUGCUAGUGAAUUAAGUUAAAGUGUUUCUGUGCGGUAUGAGCGCCAACUGUGUUUAAACUCCCACUAAACGACUGAGCUGCAAAGAAGUCUUCAAGAAUUCGUUUUUUGCAGAGCGACGUUUCUCUUUGCGAUAAGAUAUCACGAAACCUGGGUACAAUGUAUGUGUGUGUGAACCCUUGUGUAGAUAAUGCAUACUCAAAUAAAAACCUAGUUGCAUUUGGUACGCUUUGUACCAAGCAGUGUUUAUAUAUCCAUACGUGUUUUUUUUGGGUUAGAUCACUUAAAUAUAAAUGUGUCGUUAAACCCGUCACCACCCGACACAACCAACUAGUAAGGUUUGUCACGUAUAAAAACGUGCAAAUUCAUUACUAGUACAGCACACCGGUGUGUUUGAGGGUAAAUCCACAACAUUUACAAUUUGAGUAAGACGUUUCACCAGUAAUUACAGCCAGAUUUGGCUCCCCAACACACCGAUGUGCUGUACUCGAAACGAAUUGACACGUUUUGUUCACGUGACAAACCUUACUAAUUGGCUGUGUCAGGUGGUGGUGGGUAUGAUAACACAUUUAUAGAUUUACGUGAUCUAACCCCAAAGAAACCUCUUCUAUUAUGGAUAAAAUUGGUCGCGAAAGCCUCCAACUACUACUACCACGUGUUCAAGUGUUUAUACAUUUCGUAUAUUUUGAUGGUAAAGUUUUUUUUGACGUCUGUUGCAGUCGUGCAAAACCGAACA